GUUUGUCCAAGCGCCGCCACAAUGCCUGGCUGGGGUUCUGAAUAGGAGCGGGGAUCAACUGUGUAAUCUACUUCUACUUCAAGAACUCUAUCUCGCCUUGUAGCCCAGCGUUUUGCCCACCGACAUCGCCUCCAUUCUUCGAUUCGGGUGUGAUACAGAUCCGCGAGCUCGUAGUUCGCUUGACUUGCACACCUUUUCCUCCUCGCAUUCUAACGAACUCAGGAGGAACUUUUUAGGGGUCGGCUGUUUCUCGUCGCCUGCCGCAGUUGCUCAUCAUUCGGCCACCGCCCUGGUCGCCAUGUCCCGUGCAGCGGCGCCCUCCGGCGCAAAAACGCGCCUCAUGAGCGAGAUGAAGGCGCUGCGGAAGGAGAAGUGGAUAAACUUUGAAGAUGAGGAACAAGAGAACAUCCUCAAGUGGCGGUUCGCGCUCAUGGUGAUCAACUCUGACAGCCCCUUCAACGGCGGCUACUUCAGGGCCGAGAUGGUUUUCACCGACGAAUACCCGUACCAGCCGCCCAAGUUCCGCUUUCUAAUACCCAUCUUCCACCCCAAUGUCUACCCUGACGGCCAGCUUUGCAUCUCGAUUCUGCACAAGCCCGGCGAGGAUAUAAUGUCGGGUGAGGAUGCGAGCGAGCGGUGGUCCCCACUCCAGGGAGCAGAGAGCGUGCUCCGCUCGGUUCUGCUCCUGCUCGACGAUCCCGAGAUCAACUCCCCGGCCAACGUUGAUGCCAGCGUCAUGUAUCGCGAUCGCCGCGGCGAGUAUUACGAGAAGGCUAGAGAGACCGUUGAGCGGUCAAAGAACGAUAUUCCCGAGGGGUUUGAGACGCCCACGAGUUUCGAAGCGGCCCCGCCACCGAAACAAGAGGACGACGACGAUUUCUGGGCUGGCAGCUCGGACGAGGAGUUCGAUUUUGACGGCAGCGAUACAGGGGACGACGAAGAAAUGGAUUUCGAGGAAGAAGAAGAAGAGGAGGAGGAGGAGGAGGAGGAGGAAGAGGAGGACAAGUGAUGAAGAGAACUCCGACGGGGACAAUCUUGAUUUGUCGAGAUGUGUCCCCUGCUUUCCUUUUCUGUUCCGCUUUCCCGGUCAAUCUACAGCAUGCAUAGCGUUUGGUGAACACAACAAAGAAGGGCGUUUUGCGGUCUGCGUUACGGAAGGGGAUCUGCUUGUAUUUACAGGGUGCUGGUCUACACUACGGGUCCCCAUAGAAUUUGGCGUGUACCUGGUAGUCUAGCAGGUGACACUAUGGUUCUAUCAUUUGCGAUAUAUGUGGAGAAGGAUACUGGCCGCACGGGAUAAGGCGUCUGUCUGCGUUCUUAGUCCACACUUAAUCUGACAGCACAACGUGGAAGG